CACCCCUGUUUCCCAGCAGUACGACUUUGCCCAGAGACCCCCAGCAUAGUGUAAGAAAGAUUGUUAUACAAAAUGCCGGUAACUGCUUUUAGUUUAAUCGCUAUCCUAAAAGCCUUCCUGGCAUUGUAGGAUCUGCAGGAACAGUAGUUCCAACCAGUGUAGCUUGUUGGGUCAUCGUGAUGUGCAAGCCAGACCACCACGUCAAGGUAGCAGCUAUCUGUCGAGUGAUACUGACUUAUCUUACUGUUUUACCCAUCAGACAAAUAAGAUAGCUUCUCUUCAGCGCUUUCUUAAGAUAUUUCAUUAUUUCAUACAUGAUUAUCGUUGUCUAGUGUUAAAAUGUGUUUGCUUUUCACAAGUAUCUUUGUAUACUUAAUUUUUAAUUUUAAUUCACAGACCCACUUAUCCUCAAUGGCUACUGUGAUCAACGUUGCUGAUAAAGAACAACUUGAACAAAUUUUACAAGAGGCAGCAAAUAUUGCCAAUGGUCCAGCUAUUGUUGUUAUCGAUUUUUAUGCUACAUGGUGUCAUCCUUGUUCUGAAAUAGCACCCAUCUUUAAAGAAUUAAGUACUAGGUAUACAAAAAUGAAAUUCCUCAAAAUUGAUGUUGAUAAACUUGAGGAUAUUGCACAACAGUACAAUGUUCGAUCAUUGCCAACAUUUGUAUUUCUACGUGGCACAUUACCAAUUGAUCGUAUUACAGGUGCAUCUGCUCAAAAAGGGUGUUCACAAAAAAGUUCACAGUCUUCCAAACAACUUGAAUUAGAUGUACUAUUGUCAAAAAGUCAAUGUGAAUGUUUAAAUGAAGAUGAUUCACAUUCAUUGUCUCAAUUACUCAAUUCACCAGAUGAUGAGAAGACCUAUUUACUCUCUGAUACAGAUGAACAGCUUAUUAUUUAUAUUACAUUCUCUCAAUUUGUUCGAGUGCAAGCGGUGCAGAUCAACGGACCUAAAGAAAAUGCUCCAAAAUUAGUAAAACUUUUUAUCAAUCAAACAUCAACACCAGAUUUUGAUAGUUGUGAAGCUGGUGAAGCUGUACAAACAUUAGAGUUAACAGAGGCUGAUAUUAAAGAUGGUGGAGUAACUCAAUUGAAUUUUGUAAAAUUCCAAAAUGUCAACACUAUAACACUUUUUGUGAAAAACAAUCAAUCAUCAACAGAGCAAACACGAAUUGAUAAGCUGAGAUUCUAUGGUUAUCCAGUGAAUACUAUAAAUAUGAAUGAAUUUAAAAGGGUUUCUGGUAAGAAGGGUGAAGCACACGGUUAAAUAAUAAUAUUUACCGCCUACACAAUAUGCAUAUAUAUAUAUAUAUACAUAUGACGUAACCGGUUCAGUUCUUACCUUUUGUGGAAGAAAGGUUGAAAAGUACUUAUUUCUAGGUUUCUCUAUAUUACUAUUGUUAUUAAACAUAUGUAAUCUGUGUCUUCUCUUAUUUUGAGGGUGAGCGCGCGCGUCUGUGCGUAUGUGGAUUUGUGUGUGUGUGUGUCUAUGGGUUUGUAUGUAUAUCUCUCUGCUUGUACUUCAGAAAGCUGAUUGGAUCUGUCUUCAUUGUGAUCACUGUUAUGAUUAUUAUUAUUACUAUUACUGUUCUCUUGUCCAAAGCCUUUUGAACCUUUCUGUGGAAAAAGGAAGAAAUAUAUAUAUUCAUCACUUGGUUUCGUA